AUGGUAUUGUUGAAACACACAAUUUUAAAAACUAUAAUGCUAAGACGUACUAAAAAGGGAAGGGCUGCUGAUCUUGCACUUCCUCCAAGGAUUGUUACCUUGCGCAAAGAUUCUUUUGAUGUUAAAGAAGAAGACUACUACACAUCACUAGUCGAUAAAACCCGGGCAAAAAUUUUUGCAUACAUUCAAGCUGGUAUUUUGAUGAAUAACUAUGCUCACAUUUUUUAUCUACUCACACGCAUGCGAAAGGCAGUUAAUCAUCCUUACCUAGUGGAGUACUCAAGUACUACUUUGGAUAGAAGUGGAAGCACAAAUAAUGUUGGCUAUGUUGAACAACCAUAUGGUUUAUGUCACAAUCCAGUAGAAGAUCCAGUUGUUACUUCUUGCAUACAUGUCUUUUGCAAGCUAUAUCUGAUAGAUUUUUCUGCAACUGUGGAACAACUUUCAUGUCCUUCAUGCUCUAAAUUAAUUACAGUGGAUUUCACUGCAAAUGAUCAGAAAACUAGAGCAACUAUCAAAGGGUUUAAGUCCUCAAGUAUACUGAACAGAAUUCAUCUUGAUAAUUUCCGGACAAGCACAAAAAUUGAAGCUUUGAGAGAAGAAAUAAGGUUCAUGAUUGAAAGAGAUGAUUCCACAAAGGCAAUAGUCUUCAGCCAAUUCACAUCAUUUUUGGAUCUGAUACAUUAUUCUCUACAGAAGUCGGGCAUCAGUUGUGUUCAAUUAGAUGGAUCAAUGACUAUGUCUGCAAGAGAUUCUGCAAUUACAAGAUUUACCAACGAUCCAGAUUGCAUUAUAUUUCUUAUGAGCCUGAAAGCCGGAGGUCUUUCCUUGAAUCUUACAGUGGCAUCACAAGUUUUCUUGAUGGAUCCUUGGUGGAAUGAUGCUGUGGAGAGGCAAGCCCAAGAUAGAGUCCAUCGAAUAGGGCAGUAUAAACCAAUCAGGAUUGUGAGAUUUGUGAUUGAGAAUACAAUCGAGGAGAGGAUCUUAGAGUUGCAAGAGAAGAAGAAACUACUUUUUGACGGGACGAUUGGUGGUGCUUCCGAAGCCUUGGGGAAACUAACAGAGGCAGAGUUGAAGUUCUUCUGGUGGUGUCAGCAGGUGCCAUCACUGCUUGAAAAAUUGGGUCGUGACAAAGGUGAAGCUCGUGUGAGGGCAUACCAUAUGGUUCUCAAACUAGAGCGAGGGCUUAGAUUGCUAGAUCAUCAUCAAGUCCCAGUUGUUCAUAGUACAGUGGGACAACCACCAGUAGGUCAUAGAGAUAAUAGCGAUCCUUUAUCGGGGGAUGGAGCCCAGAGUGCACCUUUGCUAGUAUUAUCUGAUAAGGAUAAGCGUCGUUAUGUAAAGAUUAUAUUGAUUCAGAACAUUGGCAUAAGGUUGAAGCUUAGAUUCCGGAGUUAUUCGGGAUUAAAAUUGAGAUACUAUCGGCUAUUGGGGAUACACAGUAGGAAUCAUUUCCAGCUGUUCGAGUACCAUAGGACCAACAUGCACCAAAGGGAGCUAGAUCAUUGGUUCCGUGAGUGCCCUUACUGUAAGCCAGCCUUACCAGCUCCACAAGCUGCUAGACCUGCACCAGUAGCAGCACCUCCAGUUACAGGAAGAGGCUAG